AUGGAGUACUCUUCUGCUGAAAUGAUAUGUGUUCUAAAAGUAAAUACAGAUUGUGAGGCAUGUAAAGUAAAAGUGAUGCAGAUCUUGCAAAGAAUUCGUGGGGUUUAUAAUAUAACUAUUGAUGGAGAAGAUGGAACGGUGAAAGUUAAUGGAAGAGUAAAUCCAAAUACAUUAUUGAAUGUGUUAGAAAAGUAUGGAAAACAUGCAGAAGUUAAGUAUGUCAAAUUUGAUGGUGAAGUUGUUGAAAGAAAUCCUAAUUACUAUGGUGAACAUGGAUAUAAUUAUAAUCCCUAUGAUAGCAUGGAAUAUUUUUCAUAUCCUCCACCUUUGCCUUGUCCUCAACAUCAAGGGUAUCAUCAUCACUAUCCAUAUUUUUCUCAACCACCACCUAUGCCGCCGCCGCCACUAGUACCAUAUCAAUUUCCACCUCCUCAGCCGCCAUUAGUACCAUGUCAAUUUCCGCCACCUCCUCCACCGGGGCCACUUUGGGGGCCAACGCAACCUACGCCGCCUCCGCCGCCUCGUCCGUAUGGUUAUGGACCUCCUCCUAUGACAUCAUUUUAUCCACCUCAUAAUCUCCCCCAAGAUGAGUACACAAGACAAAAUAAUCCAAACAAAUGUGCAAUGAUGUAGAGAUUGAAAAUCAGAAGCAAGAAGAAAUUCAAGUGAUUAUUUAUGCUAAAGUCUAGUACUCUUUAUUUAAUGUAAAAUGUUAGGCCAUAAAUUAUAUGUUGAUUAUGAAUUCAAUAUUUUUGUGUUU